AUGAGCGAACAUUUUUCUGGGAAGGAGGAGGCUCUCCGCCGCACGAGUCUCUCACAUCUUCUUUCCCCUUACCGCCCGCGGAGUGCAGGGGAACAGAAGUUUUUGCGACACGCCACCUUCCGAGCGGUGGCGUUGAUGGGGUUCAUUACUUAUUUUAUCUACUGCAACCCCGAAUACAGUUAUGCGUACUCUUACCUGCAGGAGAAGUACGGCAUCGGAACUGGAAGGCCGUUGAUACCGAAGCUUUUAAAGCUUGAAAAGAAGAAAGCGCCCGAUAAUUAA